ACAGCGACAUCGCGCUUAGUACAAAGCUAUAGGUAUAUAUAGCCGCAGAAAGCCAAGGAGAGAGAGAGAGAGAGAGACGAGGCGAGGCGAGAGAUCGCGAGUUAUAUAGAGCUGUCCUCGUCUGGUGUUCGGCCGUUCGCUCGCGACUCGUCGUUCUGCUCGGUAGCUGCUCUUCCCCGCGCACCGCGCGCGCAUCGAUCCUCUCACUCCGCCGCGGCGCUACACUACGUUCGUGUCUCCGACGACUCUCCGCGGCGCGCGCUAGCUCUCCGGACGGGAAGCGAGUACAUAUCGCACGCAUACGUUGUACGCGCGCACGCGAUUUCCGUCUCUCGACGUUGUUCCUAGUGGAGCCUGCGGUUAGUGCUCGACGCAGUCGCGGUGACUACGGGGACAUCGUCCGCUGGUCAGAGCAGACCAGCUAUAGCAGCAUCAGCGGCAGAGAGAAGCUGUGCGUGUGCGCGCGCGAGCUACCGAAAGCAGCGAGAGAGCAGAGGCAGAAACCAAGAGGACGACGAUAACGACGUCGACAAAGACACGAGCGAGCCCGAGCAUCGCUUACAAUACAAUCGGGCGCAUCUCUUUAACCCCAACUGCUAUCAAUGUUGUCUGGCAAUGGUGUGUAAGGAGAACGUGGUAUCAUGGUUCGGCAGUCUAUCCAGUUAUAAGCGCAUAGAUGUGAUGUGCACAUUGCUAAAUAUGUGCGUGCCGUUUGAAGUACGGUAUCUAGGCACUUGUGUGGAAGAUCUGGGCAAGCGGGACUACAAUGUCUUACGAGACACAGAGCAUCGUGCCAAUAAUAUUAGCGACCUGGCCGAGUUGACAAACCUUGGUCUGACUGACAAGCGCACAAGGCGAAAGCUUGCUCUGUACAUGGCAUUAUUGCACUCCUGCAAUUACACCUGUGCUGUGGUCCUAUACAAGAGUUUGUCUAACAUUGACUUUCAAGAAAUUGAUAAUCUGUUGGAUGGGACCAAUUAUUCAUCAAAUGACCAACCCAUGGAGGAAUUGCUUUUGCUUUAUGUGAUGGCUCUCAAUCAUCCAGCCUUUAAUUAUGAGCAAAAGAGCACAUUUGGUAACAUCUUUCUAAAACUCCGGGAGGAAGAGGAAACUCGCCUGAACAUUCCCAAACUUGGUUCUUUACCCUUCAAAACCUCAGAAGAGUGCAUACCUUGUGUAAAUCAAAAUGACAGAAUGGAUCCAGAAAUUUCCAGCAACUGUGUCAUGGCUCCCCCACCAAUGCAAGCAUUUCAAGGUGAAAUGACAAUGCGUGGCACCGCCAUGAUACCGGGAAUGCCGCCAAAUAUGGGUAUGCCACCACCUGGUCUCUGCAUCCCAACUCCUGAGCAGAUGGCUUUGCACGGUGCCGGACAACCCCAGUACAUGCAACCGUCGGUCUAUCAUAUCGCGCCAUGGGCAGGUCAGGUCAUGAUGGGUCACAAUCAGUUCAUAUAUCAUCAGAACGACGUUGUACACUACCCGACUUCUCCUUUAGUCAGUCGACAAUCCUCACCCUCGCAGUCCCAGUCCCAUAGCAGGAGCAACUCACCAACUGGCCAGUUGCAGCGCAAGAACAACAACAACAAUAAUAAUAACAACAAUAACAACAAUGGGCUGCAGCACCUUCAGCAACCGCGUACCUCCUGUCAGGUCACCCAGACGACAUCGAAUACCAUGACCACGUCGACCUCAACCUCUACCAGUCAAACCAAUAUCACCAAUUCCACGACCAUGAGUAACAACACGACAACGUUGCCUCCACUUCUGUCCAUCGGUGGCACUAACAGAGCUCAUGCCGGACAACUACCGCAACAACAGCAACCACAGCAACAGCCGCUCCCGCCACUACGCCCGUUAGCCCCAAUGAGCAACACCGUAAACUACAACAGACACAACAAUAACAGCGUCGACCCAACCACGACGACGACGUCCACCAAACCGCUACAGCAACAGCAGCCGCCUCCUCCUCGGUUAAAGCCCUCGCUCACUAGCGAGUCGCUACGUGAGGCUGGUAACAAAGAAAUGCCCAACUUCAAGGGCAACUUCCAAAACUAUUCUAACAACGAGAUUAGGAGACUGAGCGAUGAAGAUAUAUCGAAAGUCGAUAUGACAUCAAACGUACUGAACAAUAUGAAGUCACAUGCAACAAACGGUAUAAAUCAAACACCAGAUAAGAAACUUGAAGGCCCCAACAACAUUCAACCAACGAAUGAACCAAUUGAAAACGAGAUCAUGCCGAUGGAUAAUGUUCUCAACGAAAAUCCUAAUGUCAAGAUCUUGACAAUACCCGAGCAAGCUAUGAUCAAUUACUACCAUCAAAAUCACACGGCGAUGGCAAAUAUGAGACGAUAUCCACCGCAAAUGGAUCCUGCGCACAUACAAAUGUUCGCCCAGCCAGCAAUGUAUCCCGCGCAAAAUCCAUGCUACAGCUGCUUGACAGUCCCAAUGACCAAUAUUCAGAAUCGUUUUUCACGCGUUAAUCACGCUUAUACUUUCAUGAAUAGGAGCAACCUCCAACCUAUUUACAACAUUGAACAAAUGCAAAAUCUUCGAUUGGAAUAUGAAAACAACAGGCAGCCUGGUUCGCAAGGCAGCAGUUCAGAAAGUACAGGUAGCCGUUCGCCGCCGGAAACACCACCUGCUCAACCCUGGAUCAACAGUGAGAAUGGCAUCCCUCCGAACAACGAGCAGCAGCCUGGCGGUGGUCCACCACCACUGCAUUCCAUGCCUACAACGCAUACCGGCCCACAACAGCAGAUUCUCCAGGAGAGACAGCGACUACGGAAAAAUCACUUAACACGCCACAAAAAUCAUUCGUCGGGCAUGGUGAACGGUAGUGCCCAACCUCAGCCUCCUACAAGUCUUCAGCCGUGCAUGCCAUUUCAAGCACCACCGUGUCAUACACCAAUGACCGCGUACCUCCCACAUCAGGCGCACUUUCCGGCGCUGCGGCCCACCACUGGUAUUUAUUCAAAUUUCACCCACGCCUACACGAGGCCCGCACCCGCUGGCUAUCACACCUUAGCCUAUCAACACAAUGGUGAGAUGAUGUAUCAGUAUUCCGGCCAUCCUCCACCAGGAAGUAACAAUGCUGUAGUCACAGCUACGGGAACUCCACCACCACCUCCUACCGCGGUUGCAGCAGCCGCAGCUGCAGCUGCCGUUCAGAAUACGCCUAACCAGGUCCAGCAGCAGCAGCAAAUGGUUUCGCCUCCGCCGCAACAUCAACAGCAGCAGCAGCAACAACCAAAACAGAAUUAUGUGUCAGGUUACGCGCCGGUCAACACAACGCAACCGCAACAACCCACGCCUCCGGCGAAGGUGUCGUGUUACAAUUGUGGAAGCAGUAAUCAUGCAGCACAGGAUUGUAAGGAGCAGACCAUGGAGGACAUUACGAGAGGAGCCCAAUUCAGACUGGACUAUGCAACGAUGAAAAUGCAAUCAGGUGGCGAUCAGUUGCAAAACUCCGACAAGUGAUCUCCUGCCAUGGACCACUUGGCAUUACCUGCGCCUUCAUCGGCACACGAUAGCGGCAUCCUCGCAGCAGCAACAGCAGCAUUACUGUCACCGUUUAUCGCUCCCAUUAGCGUCAUUAUUAUCACGCUCCUCGCUAUCAUAAUAGCACGCUGCAUUGGUAUAAUAUUAAUAAUAAUGACGAGGCGCCUGCUAUUAAAAGCAGUUGCACCGAUUGUGUGUGCGUCGUGAUUUGUGCGUCGUCGUUCGCAGCUUCUAUUUUCUAUUUAGACGAACCCCGUGUAUUAUAUAUAAGGUAUAGCACACACGCAUACACUCUUUUUUAAGGACUUGCGAAGAACCUCCUGUUUUAUUACUGCGUAUUUACUAUAUUAGCAACUCUACUCGUUUAUCUUUUAUUUUAUAUUACGUAUAUCUACUUCCUAACGUGUACUUGAUCGCCUCGAGAAAAGUGUUCUUUCUUUUCAUAAUUGACGGUAUGAGGUUAUGUAAAUGUAUAAUUUUUACUUGAUCUUAUUUAUGAUAUAAUUUAUGAUGAUAUAUAGUGAUUAUUACGACGAUUAUUAAUAUUGGUGAUAUUCUUAUUGCUAAUUAUUAAUGUGGAUAUUUAGGAACGUAUCGCGCCCUGUAUAAAGCAUCAACGCGCAAAAAAAUAAGGGAAAGGGUAAUGUUUGCCUUUUCUUUCUUUUUUUUUCUUUUUUUUUUCUUUUUUUUUUAAUGAACAUUAAUGGAACGCGGAUGUGUCCGAUAGAUUUUUUUUAAAGAAGUUACUUCGUACGGAAUAGGGUGCCGUGCGUUUAAAAGAGGCGUUAAUAAUAGUUAAAAUUAUCGUGAUUAAAUUUGCGACUCACGUGUUUCAUUAAUUAUUUUUGUUGUUAUUGUUACGUGUGAUUGACUUUGACUAUUUUUUUAUGAAUGAAUUUCAACCGAACGAAAGCUAUACUUUUGUUUAAGCUUGUUAAGUCUAACAAAAGCGCAUCGGUUCUUGUAAUAUAUAUACAUAUAUUAACUAACGAUUAUCGGAACAAAGCGUUUUAAAAAUAAGAAGUUAAAUCACGAGAAAGGCUAACGAAUUUUUUAAUGAAUUUUUGUAUAUAUAAAAUUUGAGUCAAUUUGUACGUUCUGCCAAAGUAAUGCGAGCAAACAUUUUAGCCUCUUAUAUCGUACGACACCUAAGCGUGAGUCUCAAUUUUUUCGAAAUGCGAUAAAGGGAAAACAAACAGAAUAAUCGUGAAAAGAGAAUGUUUAAGAAUAUUAAAAACAAUAAUAAGGUUAUUACAAGUAUCGUGCCACAUGCUAUACUGCUGCUAAGCUGCUAAUCGCUACAUAUGAUGAAAAAGUUGGACGUGCUCGUCUUUAAAGAAAAAAAAUGUUUCGCGGUAAAACUUCCAUCUAUUACUGUAGUUAAAAACGUAUUGACAUCACUACUAUUGUUACUACUGUUAACUCUUAUCGCUAUUUCACUACGACUUUAUGUACAUAUAUUAUAACAUGCUCACUCUUACAGCCAUACACAUUUACGCAAUUGUAUGUAUAUUUUCCAACUCUGCGUGUGAGAAAAACCAUAAGUGUUCGAUUGUCUAGCUGCCGUUGAGCUAAUAUGUGUGUUUAAAAUAUAAGCAAAAAUGACGAGAUUAUAAUAAUAGUCAAAAAAAGAUCGAAAAAUUGGAUGAAUAAUGUUACAUUUGGGUCGAUCGCUUUUUUUUCUUCUUAAAAAAAAAAUAAUAAUAAUCAUAAUAAAAAAAAACGUAGAUACUGACUCGUCUAACAGAGAAAUUUUAGCAAUUUUAUACGAACUUUUAUCUCUUGCUCAUUUCUAUAGUGGGGACAUUUACUCAAAAGUAAACAAAAUUGUUUCUCAACAACGGGCGAUAAAUAUGCGUUUAUCUUGUAUAUUGUCAUCGAAUGAUCAUCUCGCGUUAAAAAAUUCGUAAUGAUAUGCUUGUAAAAAGUUUGACAAAGUUUGUGUAAAAAUUAAACUAUAAUCGAUUUAAUGUAUAUAAAUACUAAGGUACCUAAAUGGUAAACAGAACGCAAA